AACUCUCGGACUCUUGAACACCUUACAACUUUAGGGCUUUAAGUGGGGUGUUCUAUAAUUAUAUGGAGUAUUGAAAUUCCGAAGGAAGUGAGCUGUUCGAUUAGUUUGCUCAUCUCCGGAAUUCAAUCAUUCCCGACCACAUUCCUAUACUUGGACAGUAGAGUAGUCGAAGUAGAAACCUAUCCAAAGACAUGGACCUACAGUAGGAAAAGUCGCAGAGACCAGCUAAGAACCCGACCCAUUGUUUCAGAGACAGCUUUUGGACCCUUAAAAAGCAGAUGAAGAUAUUAAAGAAAGUAAUGCCCCUAUCAUAAGCGCCACCAUGGGGACAGUUAAAAAACUGUUGCCUCCCGCGAAAAAGUUAUCUGAAAGCCUUUGUUUAUUUCUGUGAGGAACUGGAAAGGCAAAUGCUGGUCACUCAGACCAUCUCACUCCCCCUACUUUCCUUUCUUUCUUGCUCUCUUGUUCUCUCUUUUUGUGAAGCUUUUCACAUUCUCAGCUUUGUGACUGUGAGACUUGUUCUUAGGCUCAGGCAAUAAUGGUCAAAGAAACUGAGUACUAUGAUGCACUCAAUGUCAGUCCCUCGGCUUCGGAAGAGGAAAUUCGCAAGGCUUAUUAUCUCAAGGCAAGGCAAGUACAUCCGGAUAAAAAUCCAAAUGAUCCUCAAGCUGCUGAAAGAUUUCAGGUACUUGGGGAAGCCUACCAAGUUUUGAGUGAUCCACUGCAAAGAGAAGCAUAUGAUCGAAAUGGAAAGCACUGCAUAUCUAGGGAUACAAUGCUUGACCCCACAGCUGUCUUUGCUUUUCUUUUCGGAAGUGAACUAUUUGAGGAUUACAUAGGGCAUCUAGCUGUAGCAUCAAUGGCUUCUUCUCAAUUAGCUGGUGAAGGUGACAACCCUGAGAAAGUACAUGAUAAAUUGAAGGCUGUCCAGAAAGAAAGAGAAGAAAAGCUAGCUAAGGCACUCAAAGAUCUUCUUAAUCAGUAUGUGCGAGGUGAUAAAGAAGGGUUCUUACUUCAUGCUGAAUCUGAAGCUAGAAGACUUUCUGAUGCAGCCUUUGGAAUUGAUAUGCUACACACUAUUGGCUAUGUUUAUUCAAGACAAGCAGCACAAGAGCUUGGAAAGAAAACCAUAUACCUAGGGGUACCAUUUUUGGCUGAAUGGGUGCGCAACAAGGGACAUUUCUGGAAGUCACAGAUGACUGCUGCAAAAGGUGCAUUCCAGCUGAUGCAACUCCAAGAAGAAAUCCGUCGGCAGUUUAAAGUGGAUGGUAGUGGCCCUGAACAUGAUGUUGAAUCACAUAUACGCUUAAACAAAGACACAUUAUUGAACUCAUUGUGGAAAUUGAAUGUGGUUGACAUUGAAGUAACUCUCGUACAUGUUUGUCAAAUGGUGCUACGGGAAUCUAAUGUUCGAAAGGAUGAACUUAGAGCUCGUGCUUUGGCACUAAAGCUUCUUGGAAAGAAAUUUCAGGAGGAAAAGCAGACUCAAAAUGGUGCAACUUCAAAACGGAAAGGUGAUGCUGACACAGACGAUGAUGAUGGAACUAGUUCUGAUAGUAGUGGAGAGGAUUCACCACAACGGCUUUCAUAUAGAACUCCUUUUCUCACUCAGGGCAUUGGAAGACUCUUCAGAUGCCUCUGUAAUCCAGCAUAUGAUGUUGAUGACGACGAGAUUGUGUACAAAGGCAAAUGAUGUACGAGUUUUGUGUAUAGUACACAGUUAUCAUAAACACUAUGUUGCAUUUUUCUCUAUGGUUUCCUAAUUUCCCUAAAAAAUUAGUGGGAAAGAAGAAACUCCUACUGGCUAGUUCUUCAUCUAUUCAUGUAUACAACAUAAUAUUACUGUUAGCUGGUUCCAUUCUCUUUCUAAUACUAUCUCAACCUCAAAAGUUCUACAAACAUUUUAG